UAUAUAGGCACUUUUACCAAUCUCCGAGCAAGCAGAUACAGCUUAUAAACAGCUGUGCACCAUCUUUCAUUUCUCUCUCCUGGGGGCUAGCUAUUAUUUACCACCGCCAUCAGUAUUGUUGUCGCCUGCAGCGUUUCGCCAUUUCGUUCUUAUCAUUAGCAUUGGCAUUUAUUACAGCAUCUACAUCCAUUUGUACUGGCACAUUUCCGAUAUACAAAUUUAUCCAACCAUUUCAGAGUUUUCAUUUCCAUCUUUCACAUUUUAUUUUUCUUUGCCGCGUGUCAGUUUACUUUUUUCUUCUUAAUGAGCACCGCAACUUCAGCCGAGGUACACGCAGCAGAUAUUUCGGUCAUAAACGUAUCCAGAUCCAGAUUCAGUAUCGACGACAAAAACAAUAACAACGAAAACAGCGCAAGCAGAAACGGCGGCAACAGCUUUAUUGGCAUGUGCAGCGAGGCUAAUUUGGGCAAGGGCGCCAGCAGCAACAAUGGUAGCAGCGACGGCAGCGAUAUCAAUCGUAGCAGCAAUGCUAGCCUCGACAGUAGUAGUAUCAUAGGUGGCGCCUCGCCCUUUGCUUCCUUUUCUGGAGCCCCGCAUAAUUCUCCAACCUCAGCAUUGGCAGCGGCAGCGGCGACAAUAGCACCUUUAGUUUGCAGCAUUCCAGAUUCAAAUGUCCCAUCGAUACUCGCGGAGCAGCAGCAGACGGCGGCAGAUAAGGGCAGGGUCGCAGCCAUGGGGAAGCCUUUUGAUGCUGAUGCCAACCGUAUGAUGGAUUGCGACUAUGAGGUUCACAGCACGCCGUAUUCAGGGACUGAUGGCAUCAGCGCACAGCGUCCCUCCCGGAUGGCUGCCCAGCAGCAGCAGCAAGUUUCGACAGCUAUAAAUCACAUGGCAGCGCUUUUAUCUUCUCCCUCGAUAGCCGCCACUAAUACCGUCAGCAAUACCAGCACCAAUAGCCAUUCGCCCUUGCCAUCAGUUCCAUGUACCACGCACAUGUCCACCAUCGCAUCAACCGUAUCAGUAGCUACAAUCGAAACAGCUGCAUCGCUGGCCCCGCGCGUGUUGGAUUUGACUGCGACAAGUGCCACCGUUCUUCAUCAUAAUAGCAGUGGUUCUGCAGCUGCCCGCCCUACAUUUUUCUCGCUUGGUGCAAGGUGCCAGUCACCGCCGGCCACCUUCAAUCCUGCCUUCACUACCAACCAAACCGCCGUAUCAUUUCUGUCUUCUAUCGCUACCCCCACCACCACAAGCACGACAAGAGCCAGCGCAUACACGACGUACAAAACUACCACCGCAUCUGCAAUCACCUCAGUCAACGACCAAGGAGCCCAGGACAUUAUGAUGGACAGCGAGAGCGACAACGAUUGCGAGUUUUCACCGCUGCAAACGGCCCAGCGAGUCUCUGGCGUGAAUGCGGCUGAUUCUCAUCUAUCACCGCAGACUCUGCAGCGCUCCGAGGCACAUAUGGCACCCAUCAGAUCACUGACAGAGGCCCUAGCGCUGUCGCCCAGGGAGCGCCCGCACCACUUUGUUGCACCUCCGGGCACCGAAGAGAUGAUGCGCAGCAUGAUGAAUAAAAUUGACGACGCCCACAGAUUCUGCGAGCGGCUGCUGGAAAUUCAAGAAAAGCAUACGCGUCAGAUCAACUCGCUUGAGGUGGCUCUCCAGAAAAUCAACAGCGCGCCGGCUACCACACUCGUCACUGCCAUUGGAUCAGAAGCAGAACCCGCGCCAUCGAAUGCUGCAUUGGCGCCAGGUUUGAUUGGGCACCGGACUCAGCAGAUAGUUCAAUCACAGGCUCAGGGUCAACGUUUGAUUCAGCCGCGGUGGACUGCAAGGGCCCCUGAGGCUACCAUGGCUGCCACUGGGUCAGCCGAGUCAGAGAUGUACCAGGGCCGUGAUCCUUACGCAACCCCGCAGCCAUCUGAUCAGUAUGGGCGCUCGCAGCCGCAGAAUCAAUCAGUGGCAGCGGCAGGCUACCAGUCUCCGCCAAGGUCGUCGUCGUCCGUGUUCAGGCAGUACCAGUUCCAGAACCAGCAUCACCAGCACCAGCCGCGGGCUGCUCCUUACAGCGCGCGCACGUCUCCUGCCGCGCAGCCAGCAGGCAGCAUGGCGCAUUCGCCACGGAUGCAAGCACAUUUGCAAAGGCAUCGGGGGUCUUUGCCGGCUGUCGCGCCCGCCAGCUACCGUAUUCUCCAGGAGCCCAGCAGCCACAUUAGGCGCGGUUCCACACACCAGUCCUCAACAUCCCCCUGGCUGCCACAUUACCAGCAGCAGCAGCAGCCAGCACCUGAUGGUAGUGUACAUGGGGCCGGAGAAGGUGAAAGCCGGGGUUCAUUGCCGUAUGGAUUGACACCAUUGCCUGGAUUAGAUAUUGAGCAGGAUGAGCGGAUGCAGCAGCAACAGCAGCAAAAUCUGAUUUCACAGCAGCUUUUGGCAAACCAACAACCACAACCACAACAGCAGCAGUUUUUCCCCCCGCCGUCUGCUGUUUCCGCUAGCACUUCCACUUUUGCGUUUUCUGCACAUGGCGCCACUGGCUCAUCCAUCGAUAUGCAUCAUUGCCAGUUUAGUACUCAGCCACCGCCGCAAUCUGCACAUCUGCAGGGUGCAGGUGUAUCUCGAUACGCGGGCAGCCGCAUUAAGCGCCCACGAGUUGGAAAUCCUGCAUCAGACGAGCAAUAUUCUGGAAGCGGGGCCUCUGCGGAAUCUUCCUCGCUUAGGCUGUUGGUGCCUGCCCAGGCGCACUACCAUCAUGGCCAUCACGUCCAGCAUGGCCACGGGCAAGCACUUGCGAUCCUUCCUCCCAUCCAUGGCGGCGGUGGCGGCGGAGUUGCUGGCCAGCACCUGAGGCCAAGCGGAACGCCGGGAAGCGUUGGUUCUGGGAGCGCGCAUAUGGCGCAGCCCGACUCAACGAUGAUGCCCGCGCGUGGCACUGCUACUCACCUGCACUUGAGAGGAGCCAAGAGCAAGGUCGUGGGGUCUGUUGAGAUGGCCCAAGCCGAGCGUGCUUUUGACAGACCACCACGUGGUAACCCACAAGCGCAGCCGACUUCGACGUGGCUGGGAGCGCAGCGGCACUACAAGACAGCACUUCUUCACCUUCUAACUCUCGACUCGUUUUACCCAAGCGAUGUGGCAAUGCUCAACAUGUACCGCCAGCAGGGGGAUUUCACAAGCGAGCAAAUCGAGGCUUAUAGUGCGCCGCUGCUGUCAUCGGCGCGAGGCUGGCUGAGGUACAACCGUAAUGCGGUUUUGCGUGGCACGCUGGAUAGCAAGGCCAAGAUGCCACUGCAUCAGCUGGCAGAGGCGCUCCAGCGCGACUUGCACUCCGAGGACGACUUUACGCUGCCUGUCAAUUUGCGGCGGUGUGCGCUGCUUCGCGUCAUUUACUAUCAGUGGCGCGCAACCGGCAAGCUGGGCACCAAGAGCCAGUCGAUGUUCCGCGACUACGAGGUCAAGCUGCGCGAUAUUGAGGCUAUGGCUACGGUUGAGGAGCAAGAUGCUGAGUGGGCAUCUAUUAUGCAGGAGGAGCAUACGCGGAGGUUGGCUCUUAUCAGGGAGAGCCGCGACGGUAGCGGGUCGACCUCUAAACCAAAGUCUGAUUCUCAGUUGCAGCAGCAACAACAGCUGCUGCCAGCUGCUUCUCUGUCUGCAGACUCUUCGACUUCGCCCACUGGGUUUAAGAUAUCGCCCUCAUCUCAUCAUUUGCCGCAGCAGCACUACCAGCAGCAGCAGCAGUCCCUGCAGUCCAGGCGGCAGUCGAUGGACUGGCAAGGCUACCCGACCGCUGAACAGCCGGCGCCUGCUGGGUCGUUUUACUCGCAGCAACUGCAGCAGUCGCAGCAGCAUUAUCCCACAGCGUUUUCAUCGCCAACACAGCAGGGCUACCAGCAAAGACACUCCCAGUCUCAGCAGCAUCACCAUCGCUACAGCCAAGGCCAUCAACAGCAGCAGCAGCAAGAUUUCCAGUACCAUUUGUCUCCCAGGGCAACUCAGUUUGGCAGAAACACAACUCUUACUGACGCCAAAGGACAUUCCGGCACAGGCGGUGUGGAUGGGGAGUUGGGCAAGGACGAUGACAGCGAGAUCUCUGUCAACUUGUCGCCCGAGCCGCAAUAAAUGACAAGCAUGCUCGUCAAGUAACAAUUUCUUCUUUUAAAAAGGCAUUUUAUUCUCUCUCACACAUAAAACACACCAGCUAUUUUUCCGUCUUAGAUACGCCUUCAACGCCAUUAUUAUUGUUUUCCUUUUUCUCCAUAUAUAUUAUCCCCACCAUUUAAACAUACAUAUAUA